AUGGCGGACGCGGAAAGAGGCAUCACAGACUCGGAGGCGAUGGGGGAGAAGGCUGGCAUCUCCCAUGAUGAGGUCGUGCAGCUAACGCGACUGACAGAGGAAGAGUUGGUCCUCGAGAAGAAAUUGCGUACUCGUAUCGACUCUUUGAUCAUGCCGUUGGUCGUGCUGGUAUAUCUGUUAAACUAUAUCGAUCGCAAUAACUAUGCCGCAGCCAAGUUGCAAGGUCUGGAGGAGGACCUCGGCCUCUCUCAAACCGACUAUCAGACGGGUCUAUCGAUUCUAUUCGUGGCAUACAUUCUGAUGCAAGUUCCAAGUAACUUGCUGCUCAACUACAUGGGACGGCCAUCUCUAUAUCUUGGCUUCUUCGUCACCGCCUGGGGUCUGGUCUCUACCUUGACGAGCCAGGUCAAGGGAUAUGGGGGCAUUGUGGCCUGUCGAUUUAUAUUAGGUUUUGUCGAGGCCCCAUUCUUCGCCGGUGUGCUUUUCUAUCUCUCUAAAUGGUACACGAAGAAGGAACUGGCUUUCCGCAUGAGUAUUUUCUAUUCUGGCUCUCUGCUCAGCGGUGCCUUCGGCAAUUUGAUCGCAGCCGGCAUUCUCAGAGGCCUUGCUGGAAAACAGGGAAUGUCAGCGUGGCAAUGGCUUUAUAUCAUUGAGGGUGUUAUUACCGUCUUCGUUGGUAUCGUGAUCUGCUUCGUCCUCCCUGAUUUUCCUGAAACCUGGAAACUUCUCACGCCCGAAAUGCGCAAGGUUGCUGUCCGGCGUCUGGCGGUUGACGCGGCUGAAGCUGAUCAGGACGAGGGAGGUGGCAUGAGCCAGCUCAAGGGUCUGAAGCUGGCCAUGACCGAUAUCAAAACCUACGUCUUAGCCUUGGCUUAUAUGUGUAUCACUGGCGCGGCCGGUUUCCAAAACUUCUUCCCGACCUUGACGAAGACAUUAAACCCCGACCCCAUCAUCUCGCUGCUGCUAGUGGCACCUCCUUAUAUCUUCAUGGUGAUCUGGAGUCUGGGGCACUCCUGGUUAUCCGACAAGCUCGAAGUCCGAUUCUGGUUCUUCUUCUACCCUAUUCCGAUCACCAUAAUUGGGUUUGUCGUCUUCAUGGCUGCGCCGGAGACGUUCGGCCCCCGCUACUUCUCGAUGUUCCUGAUGAUCUUCGUCUUCGCUCAGAAUGGUACUCUUUACUCAUGGAUCGCGGGUGCGCUGCCUCGACCACCUGCGAAACGUGCCGCCGCAUAUGCCUUUAUCAACUCGAUCGGGAACUCCGCAAGUAUCUGGACACCUUACACUUAUAUCGAGAGCGAGGCACCACAUUACUGGACAGCCCUGGGAGUUACCAUCGGGCUCCAGGUUGUUGGUGGCCUUUGCGGUGUCUUUAUGUACUUCAAUCUGCGCUCACUGAACAAGCGACAAGAGCGUAUGGCGAAUGAGGAUGUCCAGCUUACCCCGAAGGACUUGAAACGAUUGCAGCUCACGGCUGACACUGAGGGCAUCACUAUUGCUGCUGCGAGGCGGUUGCAGAAAGACUUCCGCUAUGUGUUAUAG